AGCAAUUUUACCCACACGCGCGUCUGUUUGAGGUUGGAUAUUUUACGGAACAUUUCCGCUUGUCAUCGGGGAUAUUGUAUUUCAAAGAUCUUAUCUAAUUCAAAAUUUAUAACCCGUUACAUGAAUUCAAAUCUUCAUUUCACCGCCAACAUGCAUCGAGGUAACUUCGCGUGGCUGUUUCUGGUCAUACUCGUCUCUGAUGGUCUCCAACUUAUGAUUUGUGUUCCAGUGGACACAGAUGAAAAACAAGAGAACUAUUCAAAAAAGAGCGCCUUGCCGUUUGCCCGGCAGUAUGAAGAGGCACGUGAAGGAGACCCUGGCUCCUACCAAGAUGAUUCUGAAGUCCCAGACAGAAUGUACAAAAGAAUUUUCUACACCCACGGUCUCGUAUACAAUCAAAGUCCAGAAAAUCAAAGAACCGAAUCAAAGCCUAUGGACGAAAAGAAACCUCUUCCAGCACGAUUUCGAGAAUUCCAAGCCAGUGAUGCCGAACAAAAGUUGAAGACACUGAUAGCUCUAAGAGAUCGUGCGAAGUCAAUCCAUGAAGAUCUUGCCCAUUCAGUAUUAGAACAAGAAGCACUGAUGGAAAAUCGUCGGGAACAGCAGCGCAAAGCUCCCGAAGGGGAUAAGAUCCUGGAAGGAUGGUAAAGAGGAGAAAUUCAUACAUGGGAUGGUGGUUAGCGUCUAGAGUAGAUAUAAAAGAACAUAAGGACACGAUAGCAACUUCACGCUGCUAAGAAUAACUGGAUAAAUUUAAACUGUUUUUGUUUCAUUUUUUGCGAUGCAUUAUACUUUAUUUUUUUUAUAUAAAUAUAUAAAUGUCCUUGGGUUUGUAGUUUUAUUUCUUUUGUCACCCUUUUACCGAGCAAAAUGUUCAACUUUGAAGCGAAGGAUUUUUUUUUUUUAAAUAUGUUCUGGUUUAAAACUGAGUUAGUUAUUUUCCGUAACAGCCUUGUCAACGUAAUACCUUUUUCAAGAUUGUUCAUAUUUUAUAUACAAGAAUCAAAUAGAAACACCAUUUAGCGUGUACUUUUACCAGGGGUCCCAGAACCACGUCUAUUUAGGCAUUAAAUAAGCUUUAAUCUCAUAAUAUUUAAUCUCAAGACUAAAUGAUAUUAUUCUGUGGCAUUAGUACUAUUAUAUUGUAAUUAGUGUUAUGCGAAUCACUUUGUGUUAAUAAAGAAACCUGUGUAACCUCGAAA